AUGGGUGAAAUUCAAAAAAUUAAAGUCAAGAAUCCAAUUGUUGAAAUGGAUGGGGAUGAAAUGACUCGUAUCAUUUGGCAAUUCAUCAAAGAUAAAUUGAUUUCUCCUUAUUUGGACGUUGAUUUGAAAUAUUAUGAUUUAGGUAUUGAAUAUAGAGAUCAAACCGAUGAUAAAGUCACCACUGAUGCUGCAAAUGCAAUUUUGAAAUAUGGUGUGGGUGUUAAAUGUGCUACCAUUACUCCAGAUGAAGCUAGAGUCAAAGAAUUUAAUUUGAAAAAAAUGUGGCUUUCACCAAAUGGUACUUUAAGAAAUAUUCUUGGUGGUACUGUUUUCAGAGAACCAAUUGUCAUUGAUAAUAUUCCAAGAAUCGUCCCAAGUUGGGAAAAACCUAUCAUAAUUGGUAGACACGCUUUUGGUGAUCAAUACAAGGCCACUGAUAUCAUUGUUCCUGGUGCUGGUGAAUUAAAAUUGGUGUUCAAACCUAAAGAUGGUGGAGAAGUCCAAGAAUAUCCAGUAUACAAUUUUGAAGGUCCAGGUGUAGGAUUAAGUAUGUAUAAUACUGAUGCUUCUAUUCAAGAUUUUGCUGAAAGUUCUUUCCAAUUGGCUAUUGAACGUAAAUUGAAUUUAUUUUCAUCUACUAAAAACACCAUCUUGAAGAAAUAUGACGGUAGAUUCAAAGAUAUUUUUGAAGGGUUAUAUGCCAGCAAAUACAAGACCAAAAUGGAUGAAUUGGGCAUUUGGUACGAACACAGAUUGAUUGAUGAUAUGGUUGCCCAAAUGUUAAAAUCUAAAGGUGGAUACAUCAUUGCCAUGAAGAAUUAUGAUGGUGAUGUCCAAUCAGACAUUGUUGCUCAAGGUUUUGGAUCCUUGGGUUUAAUGACUUCAGUGUUGGUUACUCCAGAUGGUAAAGCAUUUGAAUCAGAAGCAGCUCAUGGUACUGUUACUAGACAUUAUAGACAACAUCAACAAGGUAAAGAAACCUCGACUAAUUCAAUUGCAUCUAUAUAUGCUUGGACUAGAGGUUUGAUUCAAAGAGGUAAAUUAGAUGAAACUCCGGAAGUGGUCAAAUUUGCUCAAGAUUUGGAACAAGCCAUCAUUGAUACUGUUGGUAAAGAUAACAUCAUGACCAAAGAUUUGGCCUUGACCCAAGGUAAAACCGAUAGAUCUUCAUAUGUCACCACUGAAGAAUUCAUUGAUGCUGUUGCUAAUAGAUUAAACAAAAACCUAGGCUACGCAUAA